GCAAUAGAAACCACCGGCGUGGUAAUACAAAUGCUCGCUAGCUCUGGCACGCAAGCUCGCAAAUUAUAUAGUUGCAAACGUAACGCGUUCCAAACCAACGUCACUAGCGGCCAGUGAAGGGGGAAAUUCGGCGCAUGACUGAUGUCAAAGUCAAAGGACAGUUAUCAGCUGGUGUUGAGUACAUGUGAGAAUUACCCGAAUUCACUCGUCAACCUGCUUCGACAAUUUUUAGUAGCAGAACUUGAAAUAAACUGAAAAAAUUCCACAAUGACUGCCCAAGAGAUAACCCUGGACGAGUCGGGAUCCUCAACGGCUCUGCGCAGGAUCAAGCAGAAUCCAUUUCUCAUCGUGGGAAUCGCUGGGUUCUUUGGAACUUUGGCAGUUGGUGUCUACAAGUACAAACAGCGUCCGAAGAAUUUGGGAACAGCCUUUUUUCUCGUGCAACUUCGAGUCGCUGCACAAGGAGCUGUCAUUGGAUGUCUCAGUAUUGGAAUGAUCUAUGGAAUGCUGUCUAGACACGUUUUCAAGACUGACGAGAAGCCCAAUUGAUGAGCGUCAUGGAGUUAGAUUAUUUUUCCCUAGUUAUUUGAAGUAUUUAAGGGUCAUCCUGGAGCUCAAGGAUAAUUCGGAGAUGAAGUGGUAACAUGUGAUCAAACAGACAAGAAUUCAUUUUUACCUUGUUUGUACUAAAUGUUUUGUUUUCGUAAUGAGGGGUUUUAGAAAAAAAUCUCAGGAUUUAUUUUAUUUUUUUUCUUAAUUCAAUUAAUCAGCUACUCUACCAAUUUUCUUCUAGAUCCACUAACCCCGAGAUAAAUUUGAAAUACUGCAUUGAAAUCAUGAGUAGAUGACAGAUGAAAUUCUCCCGAUUACGAAUUUUUUGUGGAGGAAACGAUGAAAGUGAAUUUUCUUAAUUAUAAAGCACUUCCUUCUAGUUUUUCUUCUCAAAAAUUCAACCGCACAAAUAUAUUAAUGACAAAACUCCUUCAUUUGGCCAUUAUGCGGUCACUAAUAGCGAUUCUACGAAUUAAUAGGCAGAAAAUGUAUAUAAAACCCGUCCGCAUUUUGACGCCCAAAGUUUUCUUCAAGCUGAAAUAAUUUAACGAAACAUCGCACUAUGACAAUUUAAUUUAAUGAAUCAUAAUUAUUUCUCCAAUAUUUCUUGACCUUUCUUAAAUUAAUUAAUAUCGUGGAGAUUAUUUUUGCAAUGAGUAGUUUCACGACAAAAUCUCAGGAGAAAUUUUUUAUUGACAAUUUCUUAACUUAAAAAAAUUCUCUUAGUUUUCCUCGUAAAACCACUACUUUCCUAGAUGAACCCGCUAUCACCAGAGGAAGUCUAAAUAUAUUUGUCACUGUAACCACUUCUCUCUCGAAUUGAUCUUCAUUCAAUCACGAAGUGACAGAAUCAUUUCAUUUCCAUGAAAUUUCCUGACACUCAUAAUCACCGUAAAAUUUGUUCGUAUUUUAAUGAGAGUUGGUCUCCAAAGACCAAUUAAUUUGUACAUAAAGGGAAAAGUAUCAUGAUAGUAAUUUAUUUUUGUUGACACGAAAGAUCAAAGCAAAUAAAUUCUCUAAAACUUCAGAA